GCCGAGGUGCCCGGCACACAACAGAGCUCAAGGCAGCGGCCGAGUGGUCGUUGGCGAGGGCGGCCGCUGCCCAGCGCCGUCCUGAGACACUUACCCUGGUAGGUUUUCUUGGAGCCAAGGAGUGUGUCAAUCGAGGAGCAAGGAAUGUGAUACGUCCCGGCAGCUGGGGGAGCCGGAGCAUAUCUGGUAUGUGUCUCUGGAAUGAUUUGGGGAAAAUUCACUGAAGUUGGAACUUGAGAUGCGAACUGCGGGGGGACCGAGAGAUAGGGAGCUGUCCGCGUGCACACGCACCCCCCGCAGAGGGACCUGGUGCGGGGGUGGGAGGCGGUGGACACAGCACAGCGCUGCUGCUCGGCCCGCCCUGGAAUGGCCGUGAACUUGUUGUUUUUCCACGUCAUUUGCUCUCAAAUGUACUGUCGGGCCGGGCGAUGCUAACCCUGAGGCGGCAGGUCCCUCCUUGUAACAAGCGAUUGUGUGUUCUUCGGAGGUGGCCACGGGGAGGAGGGGGCCCGGCCCGAGGAGGUGGGGGAAAGGGAAACAAACCGCUCCUUUACAGGGAGCUUGCGUGUCCUGGAGCCAGCUCCCCCCCAAAGCACAUGCCAUUUCUGGCCCUUGAAGGGGUUAAAGGCCUCCUGGAGUCAAAAACAAGCAGGUGUCCCACCGUGCCAGAUACGCCGCCUAAACCGCUUCCAGCUUUUUUUUCCCCCUUCUGCAACAAGUCUGUGAUCAGCCACGGGACAGAGGAGCCAGCAGCCUGCCUGUGACAGGCAUCAGGUUAGCUCGCUCCCACUCGGGUGGCGCGCCCAGGAUAUAAAUCCAGGCUCGGGCCCCUGCUGCGGCUCUUCUCCCUGCACACUCAGGAGAGGGAGUUUCCUUGCAAAGACCUUUCCUUUAUCUGAAGCUGCACAGCCCAGCGGGCUCCACGGACUCGGUGGAGGCGCCUGCGGCGGCCGCGAGGAAGCCCGCUCGGGUGGGGAGGGCAGGUGUCUGCAGCCCAGAGAAGGAGAAGGCCCCGGUGGGCCCCAGCCCCUGGCCUCGUUGCCGGGGAGGUCUCGAGCCCCCGCAGACCGCAUCAUGUGGGCCCCGGGGUGCUGCCGGCUCUGGUCCCGCUGGACGCAGGCGGCGCUGCUGCUGCUGCUGCUCGGGGCGCCCCGGAGGGGCCUGGCGCUGCCGCCCAUCCGCUAUUCCCAUGCUGGCAUCUGCCCCAACGACAUGAACCCCAACCUCUGGGUGGAUGCCCAGAGCACCUGCAAGCGCGAGUGUGAGGCGGACCAGGAGUGCGAGACCUAUGAGAAGUGCUGCCCUAACGUGUGCGGGACCAAGAGCUGCGUGGCCGCCCGGUACAUGGACGUGAAAGGGAGGAAGGGCCCGGUGGGCAUGCCCAAGGAGGCCACCUGCGACCACUUCAUGUGUCUGCAGCAGGGCUCUGAGUGUGACAUCUGGGACGGCCAGCCUGUGUGUAAGUGCAAAGAUCGUUGUGAGAAGGAGCCCAGCUUCACGUGCGCCUCCGACGGCCUCACCUACUACAACCGCUGCUACAUGGAUGCCGAGGCCUGCUCCAAGGGCAUCACGCUGGCAGUCGUCACCUGCCGCUAUCACUUUACCUGGCCCAACACCAGUCCCCCGCCGCCAGAGACCACCGUGCGCCCCACCACAGCCUCCCCGGAGACCCCGGGGCUGGAUAUGGCGGCCCCGGCUCUGCUCAACCACCCCGUGCACCAGUCGGUCACCGUGGGUGAGACCGUGAGCUUCCUCUGCGAUGUGGUGGGCCGGCCCCGACCCGAGAUCACCUGGGAGAAGCAGCUGGAAGAUCGGGAGAACGUGGUCAUGCGGCCCAACCACGUGCGUGGCAAUGUGGUGGUCACCAACAUCGCCCAGCUGGUCAUCUACAAUGCCCAGCCCCAGGACGCUGGCAUCUACACCUGCACGGCCCGGAACGCCGCCGGGGUUCUGCGCGCCGACUUCCCGCUGUCCGUGGUCAGGGGGGGUCAGGCGGUGGCCACCCUGGAGAGCAGCCCCAAUGGCACGGCCUUCCCCGCGGCCGAGUGCCUGAAGCCCCCCGACAGUGAGGACUGCGGCGAGGAGCAGACCCGCUGGCACUUCGACGCGCAGGCCAACAACUGCCUCACCUUCACCUUUGGCCACUGCCACCGCAACCGGAACCACUUUGAGACCUACGAGGCCUGCAUGCUGGCCUGCAUGAGUGGCCCGCUGGCCGUGUGCAGCCUGCCCGCCCUGCAGGGGCCCUGCAAAGCCUACGCGCCCCGCUGGGCCUACAACAGCCAGAGUGGCCAGUGCCAGUCCUUCGUCUACGGCGGCUGCGAGGGCAACGGCAACAACUUUGAGAGCCGCGAGGCCUGCGAGGAGUCCUGCCCCUUCCCUCGCGGGGACCAGCGCUGCCGGGCCUGCAAGCCACGCCAGAAGCUCGUCACCAGCUUCUGUCGGAGCGACUUCGUCAUCCUGGGUCGCGUGUCCGAGCUGACCGAGGAGCCCGACUCGGGGCGCGCCCUGGUCACUGUGGACGAUGUCCUCAAGGAUGAGAAGAUGGGCCUCAAGUUCCUGGGCCGGGAGCCGCUGGAAGUCACGCUGCUGCACGUGGACUGGAGCUGCCCCUGCCCCAAUGUGACGGCGGGCGAGACGCCGCUCAUCAUCAUGGGCGAGGUGGACGGCGGCAUGGCCGUGCUGCGGCCGGACAGUUUCGUGGGAGCGUCCAGCAGCCGGCGGGUCAGGAAGCUGCGGGAGGUCAUGCACAAGAAGACCUGCGAUGUCCUCAAGGAGUUUCUGGGCUUGCACUGAAGCCCCGCC